AUGGCGCCUGACGUUAGCUUACAGCCGGUGGAUUACAUCGUGACCCUCGUCAUGCUCCUCAUUCCCCUGGGCAUUGGAAUUCUCUUCGCGGUGCGAGACGCCCACAGGGCAACACGAGACGAGUACUUACUUGGAGGCCGGAGGAUGUCAAUCAUUCCCGUUGCUUUAUCUUUAUUUGCCACCUUUGCCGUGAGUGUCAUUCAUUAAUGGGCCAAAAGACUCUCUUCAAAUUCCUCGAACGGAUAUUUAUGCAUCAAUCGCAAUAGUGUUUUUUUCUUCUUUCAGUUGCUCUUUUACUGAAGUAUGCUGUUUGGUCUUAAAAUAACUGCUUUUAAAAUAAAAAAAAAAGUCAAACAAAAAGCUAAAGCAUGAUCUGACAGGGAAUGUGUGCAUUACAAAUCAAUCUCGAUACACUUCUCAUUUCAAUUACCCCCCCCCCCCCCCCAAUUUCUGGUCCAAAAUGUUUCAAAUAUAAAUUGCAUGUUAUUUUAAUUAUUUUCCAUCUUUGAUUCACACAGUCUGCCAUCGCCUUGAUAGGAACUCCAUCUGAGGUGUACUACAGCGGGCCCAUGCAGCCCACACUGCUCAUUGGCUUUGCUCUGUCGUACAUUGUUGGCUGUUUCACGGCGAUCCCUCUCUUGUACCCACUGCGCUUGACCAGUGUGUACGAGUACCUGCAACUGAGGUUCGAUUCAUCGCUUCUCCGCAUGUCUGUCGUGGUCAUCGGUAUGUUGCAGACCAUCCUAUAUAUGGCCAUUGCACUCUUAACCCCAGCGUUAAGUCUGCAGGUUUGUAUUGUGUACCCUGUACACAGUUAAUCGACUCGGUAGUAGAAGAGGGGCUACUGAGUUUUUUCCCUCCGACAAAUUAUGUAAAAAUAUUUCUUUAAAAUUUUUGUUUUGUUAUGAGAUGAAAUCUUAAGCCAUGAUACACGAUUCAGUUGUAAAAAAAAAUUAAGAAAUAUGUAUUAAAACCAAUAGUAGUACAUUUAUGUUGAAAUCCAAUAUAAUGAGGUUGAAAUUAUGGAUGUUAACCAAAAACUGGUUUUGGAAUUAUUUUUAUCAUGAUAAUUAAAAUUGUUAUUUUCAAAAUCAAGAUUAAAAAAAACAUAUAAAUCAUUAUUUAAAAAAUAAAAUACUUUUUAAAAACGCUAUAGAAAGCUCGGCGUGACUAUGUUUGUUUGUAGAUAAGUCCAUUGAUUAAAAAACAAAAAACAAAUAGAUAACAACCAAAUUUGACAUGGUCAUUCCUCCAGACAUAUAUAUAUAUAUGGCUCAUAGAAAGUUUGGUCAGAAGCCCCCUUUUCCCAAGAGCUGUAAAUAAAAGCAUCCUAAAAUAUAAAGGGCAACGAUUUAAAAAAAAAACAAAAAAAAAAAACAAAAAAAAUCUCUUAUAUAUUUUGCUUCUGGUUCGUCCACAUCUUCUACUCAACCAGCCCCUCCCCAACUCGGCAUGUUUUAUAUCAAUAGUACUAAGUGGGGGGGNGGGGGGGGGGGGGGGGGGGGGGGGUUGUCACGCAGCGAGCUUUCGUGCGUGAUGUCUGAACUUCGUUGAGAUUGAUUUAUUUAUCUCUAGUGCGAGGCGACUAUUAUUUUAAUCGCAAACGGUCACGGGCAUGGUGUAUAACAUACUUGUAGGACUGUUUUUUAAAUGCCGGCAGGUAGGGUGUAGGACAGUCUGUAGGCCUAUUGUUUACAGGCCGACAGGUAGGGUGUAGGACUGUCUGUAGGCCUAUUGUUUACAGGCCGGCAGGUAGGGUGUAGGACUGUCUGUAGGCCUAUUGUUUACAGACAGGCAGGUAGGGUGUAGGACUGUCUGUAGGCCUAUUCUUUACAGGCCAGCAGGUAGGGUGUAGGACUGUCUGUAGGCCUAUUGUUUACAGGCCGGCAGGUAGGGUGUAGGACUGUCUGUAGGCCUAUUGUUUACAGGCCAUCAGGUAGGGUGUAGGACUGUCCGUAGGCCUAUUGUUUACAGGCCGGCAGGUAGGGUGUAGGACAGUCUGUAGGCCUAUUGUUUACAGGCCGGCAGGUAGGGUGUAGGACUGUCUGUAGGCCUAUUGUUUACAGGCCGGCGGGUAGGGUGCAGGACUGUCUGUAGGCCUAUUUUUAAAAGGCCAGUAUAUGGGGUGUAGGAAUGCCUAUAAGACUAUCGUUUAAAGGCUGGCAGGUAGAGUGUAGGACUUUCGGUAGGCAUAUUGUUUAAAGGACAGCAUACUACUAUGCAAAAUGAGAAGUUAACUUUAUUGUAACACUUGGACCCAUCGGGUAUUUUCUCAAAACCAUACUCUCUGGGGGAAAAUCAAGAGCCACAACCGAUAGGCUCUAUCAUCAACCAACCACUUCAGUAUCUUGCAUAUGCUGAUGACAUAGCAAUGUUAGGGGAAAGUAAUUAAAAGAUACAUCAAACACUGUUAUUGAAUUAGAAGACACAUCGCUACAAGCAGGACUGGACGUUAACAACCAAAAAAAAAAAACAAACAAAAUACAUGACUAUGUUAAGUGAAAAACAGACAGAUGAAACUAUUAAAAUUAGAAACCAGACUUUGAAAAAGUAAAUCAAUUCAAAUACCUUUGAAAGUUAUUAAAUGAAAGAAAUGCAUUAUUAACAGAAAUAAAAGAAAGAAUAUCUACAGGGGAUACUUCGGUAAUUAGAGAAUACUCAAAAGUAAAAAUAUUACAAGAAAAACUAAUAAAACAAUAUAUUGAACUGUAUUCAGACCAGUUAUAAGAUACACAAGUAAAUCUUGGACCCUAACAGAAACGUUUGAAAACCUAUUCAACACAUGGGAGAGAAACGUUCUAAGGAAAAUAUUCGGACCAAAAAAGGGUGAAUAUGGAUGGAGAAUACGAACAAGGAAUUGUAUAGAGAAGUGGUUGGCAAAUGGCGGCACAGGAGCCGCAUGCGGCUCUUUAGCGACCUGAGUGCGGCUCGGCCAGUGGGCCACAAAUAGAUUUAGACUCCGAAAAGAUGGUACUUGACAGGUUCUUGAAAACAAAUUUGACUCUCAAGUUUUUAAAAAAAAUUGUCCUUCUACUGAUUUUUGGCUCUUUUGACAACCGAGUUUGCCGACCACUGGUAUUGACCAUAUCAGGACCUCGCGCUAUUAGCAGAAAUAAAAAAAGGGCCAGGCUACGCUGGGCUGGACACAGAUGAAGAGUGCCUCAUAACAGAUAGUAAAGAGGGUGCACCACAAAAGCCCCAGAGGAAAACGGGUCAAAGGCAGACUUAGGCUUAGACGGGUGCAUGAUGUGGAUGGGGAUCUACAUCAGCUGGGAAUACAAGCAUGGAAAAGAAAAGCAUCAGUUAGGUCUGCGUUAAAGGAAGUGAAGAUGCAGGCCAAAGCCCUACAUGGGCUGUAGCGCCACUGGGAUGGGGAUUUAUUCUAUGUCCUUUACACACACACAAAAAAAAAAAAAAAAUAGUACAGAAUGAACACAGGGGCGUGCGUAAAGGGAGCUUUGGGGUAGGAGCUUACAGUAAUGGGUGUUUAAAAAAAAAAUUAAUUUGUAUUAUCAACUUUAUAUAAUAGGGCUGUAGCGCCACUGGGAUGGGGAUUUAUUCUAUGUACUUUACACACACACAAAAAAAAAAAAAAAAUAGUACAGAAUGAACACAGGGGCGUGCGUAAAGGGUGCUUUGGGGUAGGAGCUUACAGUAAUGGGUGUUUAAAAAAAAAAAUUAAUUUGUAUUAUCAACUUUAUAUAAUUGGAUGUGUGUGUGUGUGUGUGUGGACGGGAGAAUCGUAAGUGAGUCAUUUAGCCACAAAUCAGCAUUUAGUAAUGCCUCAAAGGCAGAAUAAUAAUUUCUCUCCAUAGUAGAUUUCACGUGUUUAAUUACUUUUUUUUUUUACACGUUAUACAUUCAGUAUGAGCUCCUUCAAUUCCAAGAUGUCACUUUUAUGGUUUUUUUUAAACAUAUGUUUCAAUAAAUCUCUAUGAUUUUCCUCAAAUUUUUCGAAAUCAGAUUAAAUUUUCCAAAUGAUAAUGUACUUUCCUUUUAACACCCAACGUAAUAUAGGCUCACAUGAAGACUUAGGUUACAAUGAAAGCUUCUAUGAAAAUUGUUGCAUCAAGACAAAACUUGGUAAAAAUAAAUGUCAUUAUCCCUUUUAAAAUAUCAGUAGUUUUCAAAAAUAGUAAUAUUCACUUGUUUUGUGAAAAGGGUCUCCUUCGUGAUCCUAUGUUAAUGAAAUAAUUUGUUAAAAUAAAGUUUGUUCGGCAUCCAACCAAAAAAUAUGAAAGAUUAAAUUCUUUUUAUUCUUACAUGAGCUAUAUAAAUAGCAUUACACUUAAUGGAUAGAUCUAGAGUCAAGACGAAACUUGGCACCCUUGAAAAUCUAUAUUGAAAACCGGAGGGUUUUAUUAGUUUUAAAAUCAUAGCAAUACUAAUUUCACUUUCCUUUCAUACGCUGUACCUCUUAAUUUUUUUUCAACCGAUUUCAAUGGAGCAAUUUUUAACUUUACUAAUUAUCUGAUCAAUCAUUCAAGUUCCAUUUCUAAGUGAUAACGGAACCUUCACAUUAUAGAACGGGUCCACAUCGGGGUCCUCAUUAUAACUUAAAUUGAAAACUCUAAUGCUACGCCACUUUGUUUUUUUAUUUUUUUUAGUCUCGAGAUAAUAGCUACAUAAAAAGAUUUCUUUUUUUUUUUUUACAAACCAUUUGAAGGUUUAAAAUAUAUAUAGAGAAUUUUCGAGGAAGUUCUAGAGUGUUCCACGUAGGUAUAAAGAUUAAGAAAUGUUAGUUUCGUUUUAUAUUUAUAGAUGUCUAUACUUCCCUGAGAGUUUCCCCGGCAUCGGUUUCCAUAUCUUUUUUAAGAUUCGUGAAGCCUCUUAUUCUAGAACGUUGGAUCUUUUUAAGAUAAGGUUUUAAAGAUUACAUAAACGUGCUUCUCAUGUUUCUUAUGUUUCUGCGAGUGUCUAUGAUUGUCCCCCCAUUGCUAUUACAACAUACUUACAAAUAUUUUUUUACUUUUCUUUAAAAGUUCCAAAGGGGUAGGAGGUUCUACGUUGUAGUUUCCUUCUAAUGUCCAAAGCUUUUAUACGAAGACUUAGGUUUCAUUGAAAGCUUCUAUGUCAACCGUUGCAUCCGGGCCAAACUUUGGCAACAUGCGUUUCACAAUCCCAUUUAAAACAUUGGUGGGCUUCAAACUAAUACCAUCCACAUCUUUUUGUGCAGGGGCUGCCCAGUUUUAUUUUAAAUAAAACGAUUUAGACUUUGCAUUUGCUGCCGAUUUUGAUGGAACGAUGCUAAGAAAUAACGCUGGUUCCUUAUCCAACCUAAAAUACUCAAUAUUUUGUUGUUCAAAAUAUAAUAUGUUGUUCAAUAUAAAAGAUUAAGUUCUUUUAGCAGGGGGGGGGGGGGGGGACGACGACGACACACGUCUAGUAAAUGUUUAAAAGGUAACAUUGCAAAUUCCUUCCCAUUUUAAUGGGAUUACAUACGUUUAAAAUGAAUAUUGAUAUGAAUGAGUGUUAUAGGUCCCCUUUAUUUGGUGUAACUAAAAUUUCCCCUUUUUUUAAAAGAGGAACCAUUUUCAUCUUAAUGGAUAAACGGCCAUAAGCUUUGGCGUUGGUAAAUAUCUUUUUUUAUAACGGCAUCUUUUAAAAGUUAGAUUUGGUCUUUUAAUCCAGCUUGGAUACUAACUGAACAAGGGCAGGGGGGAGGGGCCGACAUUCAAGGGAUAAUCACCAGUUUGGGAUUUAGCCCCAAACAGCAUUUAGUCAAAAUAUGGGUUGGUGAAUUUAAUAAGGAUAGCGAUGUCUCACAUGCAUCCUUUGUUACACACGGAACAAAGACAUCAUUUGUUACACACGGAACAAAGACAUCAUUUACUACACACGGAACAAAGGCAUCAUUUGUUACACACGGAACAAAGGCAUCAUUUGUUACACACGGAACAAAGGCAUCAUUUACUACACAAGGAACAAAGUCAUCAUUUGUUACACACGGAACAAAGGCAUCAUUUGUUACACACGGAACAAAGGCAUCAUUUGUUACAUAUGGAACAAAGGCAUCAUUUACUACACAAGGAACAAAGGCAUCAUUUGUUACACACGGAACAAAGGCAUCAUUUGUACAUACGGAACAAAGGCAUCAUUUACUACACAAGGAACAAAGGCAUCAUUUGUUACACACGGAACAAAUGCAUCAUUUGUUACACACGGAACAAAGGCAUCAAUUGUUACACACGGAACAAAGGAAUCAUUUGUUACACAAGGAACAAAGGCAUCAUUUGUUACACACGGAACAAAGUCAUCAUUUGUUACACACGGAACAAAGGCAUCAUUUACUACACAAGGAACAAAGGCAUCAUUUGUUACACACGGAACAAAUGCAUCAUUUGUUACACACGGAACAAAUGCAUCAUUUUUUACACAAGGAACAAAGGCAUCAUUUGUUACACACGGAACAAAGGCAUCAUUUGUUGCACACGGAACAAAGGCAUCAUUUGUUACACACGGAACAAAGGCAUCAUUUGUUACACAAGGAACAAAGGCAUCAUUUGUUACACACGGAACAAAGGCAUUACUUGUUACACACGGAACAAAGGCAUCACUUGUUACACACGGAACAAAGGCAUCAUUUACUACACACGGAACAAAGGCAUCAUUUGUUGCACACGGAACAAAGGCAUCAUUUGUUACACACGGAACAAAGGCAUCAUUUGUUACACACGGAACAAAGGCAUCAUUUGUUACACACGGAACAAAGGCAUCAUUUGUUACACACGGAACAAAGGCAUCAUUUGUUACACACGGAACAAAGGCAUCAUUUGUUACACACGGAACAAAGGCAUCAUUUGUUACACACGGAACAAAGGCAUCAUUUGUUACACACGGAACAAAGGCAUCAUUUGUUACACACGGAACAAAGGCAUCAUUUGUUACACACGGAACAAAGGCAUCAUUUGUUACACACGGAACAAAGGCAUCAUUUGUUACACACGGAACAAAGGCAUCAUUUGUUACACACGGAACAAAGGCAUCAUUUGUUACCCACGGAACAAAGGCAUUAUUUCCGGCCUUUUUAGAUUGCACUUUUGAAAAUAAAUUAUUUACAUGAUGUACAUUUAUUUUCAGCUUCUUAAAUACCAGUCAAAAUAAGUUUGCCUCAAUUUCAUUACUGAUAUCCGAUAAUCACCCGUUGGUCUUACAGGGCCAAACCUGGGCUCUGAAGAAAUGCGUCGAUAGAAAAAUAGUCACCUGUGAGAUAAAAGAUUUAAGGCGAGCUGCUGGCAAAACAGAAGGAGCCACAUUCGGAACCAGGGAAUAGGCCAAAUGGUCGGCACCAUCCCAAACAGCCAUAAUAUGGCUAAAAAACACAUUCAUUGGUUUUGGGGUCUGGUCAAAAUGCCUGUCAACCAACCUGCAGUGCAAGCGUACGAUGGCAGGCUCUCCAAGAUUAUUAACUGAAAUGGAAAUGGUCCCCCCAAGUUCAACGUUCACAAGACUUAUUAUAGAUCUGGCCUUUUAUAGGAGACAAUUUAUAUUUUGAUAGUUGCUUUAGCGGAAGUUUUAUGACAAAGUGAUCGCUUAUAAUGAGAUUUUUUUUUCAGAAUACAAACUCGAGCAAAGCCGGGUAUGUCUGGCUAGUAAUGCAAAAACAUUGGUAGGCAUUCUGUAAUGACACAAGCUGACAAAUAUUUAAAAAACCGGUUGUGAUUGCAUACUAUAUUUUUUUAUGGGUGCAAACGGAGGCCGCCUUGUUUUUGCAAGUGUUCGUUGUGCGACAGAUGUUAGUCAGUUGGCAGAUCGCAGUCUCUCGUAAUCCCCCCACCCCAACCUUAAUGAAAGGAAAGCAACAAUGAAAAGACAAAACGUUUGGGGAAAAAUAAUCUAUUUUAAGGUGUGUGAAAUGGACCGAAAAUGCCGCCCCACCCAAAGGAAAUGAAAAGCCUUCGGGGAGCGAAAACUCCUCAGUUCCUCUCGCUACGACCGUGGGCGGUCUUAGAAAAUAUCGGGUUGAUGUAACGCGGCUAUAACGUAAGUCUUAGAAUGCAUUGCAAAUUGAGGUUAUUGUCCCGGGUGGGGGGAAGAGGGGUGUUUGAACUCCCCCAAGACCCCCCCCCCCACACACACACAUACACAACAUUGGCCAAAAAAAAAUAUUAAAGUAACAGGAAAGCCGUUCCAUGCUUCCCGUAUAACUAAUCCUAUAACGUAAGCCUUAGAAUGCAUUGCAAAUUGAGGUUAUUGCCCCGGGUGGGGGGAAGAGGGGUGUUUGAACCCCCCCAAGACCCCCCCCCCCACACACACACAUACACAACAUUGGCCAAAAAAAAAUAUUAAAGUAACAGGAAAGCCGUUCCAUGCUUCCCGUAUAACUAAUCCUGAUAGUAAAAACUGAAAACCGGUUUGCAAGGGAAAAAAAAAUGGUUUAAACAUCCUUAGUUAAAAUUUAACGAAUAGGAGGGGGGGGGGAAGUAUACUUACAUGUAUGUAUUAUAUUUAUUGUAUAGUGCUCUUUUAUUGUUUUCGUCACUAACAUUGAUAUCUUUUUAAAAAAAAAUAUGUAUUAAAUCCUUACAUUAAAAAGACAGGAGUAUAGCAGACUUUGAACGACCAAAGCAGUGAAUCGUUUCAAAUGUGUCGCCCAUAGCUCAGGAAAGAUGCACAAGUGUGCUAUAGAUAGAUCAUGCCAUUGUCAAAAUGUGAAUUUAAGCACGUCUUCUCCUCCAGGCCGCUGCCGGCAUCCCACUGUGGGUCUCCGUGUUGAUCAUUGGAACUGUCGGCACAGUGUACACUGCGAUUGGCGGGAUCAAGAGUGUCGUCUGGACCGACGUGUUCCAGACCCUUGUCAUGUUCGCUGGAAUCUUUGUCAUGAUUACCAAAGGUCGGCUCGUCUGUUCAAGUUAACCUUAAUGAAUGUUGGUUACAACGAACUCCUUCUAUCCAAUCCUGUUACAGAAAUCCUUGUAUCAAAGUCUGUUACAGAAUACCUUCUAUCGAAGCCUGUUAUAGAACUCCUUCUAUCAAAGCCUGUUACAGAACACCUUCUAUCAAAGCCUGUUACAGAACACCUUCUAUCCAAGCCUGUUACAGAACGACUUCUGUCGAUGCAUGUUGCUGUUAUGGAUAACGUGUUCAUCUUGACCUAUUAAAUGUUACCAACGUCAUGAUAAACUGCUUAAAAUUCUAAGUAACAUCUAUACGGGUCUCGUACAAUUUAUAAGUAAUCAAUUAAACUAACAUAAUAAUACGAGAAAGAUGGCAGCCGUGAAGUUUAAAGAGUAUUGUCUACAAUUACAAUUCAACUAAUUCAACUAUCAUUUAUUAUUUUCUUUAAUACAAGAGAAAUAUUUUUGUUUUAUUUAAUUAAUGUAUCUUAAUUAAUCUUGAUUAUGUUAGUUAUAUUGUAUUUACAGCGUGGUGAGACCAGCCCUAGGCUGGGGUACCACGCUAUUUUAAACCACUUUUAGUAAUAAUACUAUCAACAAAAACAAACAAUCACGACACAAAAUAUCUUAAUAAGUUAAGCUCCUCAUAACAAAGUAACGCAGUGGUUCUCGACCUGUGAGUUGCGGUGACGCUCCCCUAACCCCCACCCCUUCACAGAAAACCCACAUGACCCAAUUUGGGGUCGCAACCCAUGACUUUAUCCAGGGCAAGAUAGCACUAUUUUCGUGUUCAUUGUUAUUGAUGAAGGGACAUAACAACUGAAAAGUUCUUUUGAUUGUCCUGCCUUUCACAACAAGCUUCAACAUCUUGCUCUAACAUUUAAUUUUCCUCCACACGGUUUGAAUAUCAUGAUUGGGUUCUUGCUGGCAGGCGUUAUGACUGUUGGUGGAGUGAGUUCUGUUUGGAGCAUAGCCGACAAAGGUGGCAGGACUUCUUUUCGAUCGUUUAGCCCUGAUCCGAGGUCAAGACACACCUGGUGGGGUGUGAUCAUAGGCGGUAUGACCAUGUGGUGAGGACAUUACAUUUAAAAAAAAAAAAUUAACAUCAUUGAAAAUGUGUUUUUUUGUGUGUUUUUUUUGCAAGUGUUAAUGUCGUAUUUUUAAUUGAUAAUUUUUAUACAUUUAUAUUUUACACAGUGGCGUAGGAAGGGGUACGGAGGGGGCUGUCCGUCGUGGGCGAUACUUUUUGGUGUCUUUAUAUGGAGGGGCAACAUUUUCGCCCAACUACAGAGGUUUUUUUCUUUCAUGGAAAGGGCGGUUAAAAUCAUUGACCCUCACCGGUCGCCACCUACCCUAGCUAAGCCACCUAUACAUACAGGGGAGGUAGUUAGGUAUCAACAUUUUUUGGUUUGGAAUCCCGCGUCAGUUGUGGCCCUUCAUUGGCCGUGCACGUGUUUUACAUUUCGAUUGUGAGGCGAGUUAAACAUGUUGCGAUUAAAAACUCAGGUAAGUUUGUGGUGAUAUCAGACGCCCAAUGGUGAGCUGUCUACCCCGCACACUGAUGAACUCGUUCCUACCUUUGAUAUAAUAUACUUUGCUUCUGGUGUGGCUCCUUCCUUUUCACCACCGGCCCUCCCCCACUCAACAAUUUUUAAAUCCAUUGUACUGAGUAAAAAAUAACAAAAAAUGUCAAGCAGCAAGGGUCAUGCGUGACGGUUGAACCAAGAUAAAAGGUUGAAUUUGUUCGGAGGCGACUAUUAUAUCAAUAGAUAAAUAGCCACGGGUCUGGUGUAGGACUGUCUGUAAGCCUUUUGUUUCAAGGCCGUCAUGUAGGGUGUAAAACUGCCUGUAAGCCUUUUGUUUAAAGGCCGGCAGGUAUGGUGUAGGACUCUCUGUAAGCCUUUUGUGUAAAGGCUGUCAGGUAGGGUGAAGGACUGUCUGUAGACCUAUUGUUUAUUUGAAAAUGAGAAGUUAACUCGUUUUAACAAUUGGACCCACCAAAACCCGGACCCAAUGUAAAAAUAAAACUCCACCCCUUUAAGCCUUAGUUUAUAAUAUUACAAUGUCAUCAACAUAUUUUACUUUGUUUUUUUUUUUAAAUAAUUUGUAUUUUUUGGAAAAUACAGUUGGGAGUAAUGACAUUUUAUAAUGCUUUACAGUACAAAUAGAUUUUCUCAUUAAUGUCACCCUUUAACAAAACAUAACAUUGAUUAUUUUCCCAGGCUUGGAAACAUAUUUAAUCAAUCAACAGUUCAAAGGAUUUAUGCCAUGAAAUCUAUCAAUGAUGCCAGAUUGUCGUUCGUUGUCAACGCUUGCAUCACACUCACCAAUAUGGUACUUCUCUUCAGUGUCGGCAUCGUCAUCUACGCUUACUUCUCCCACAUCCGAUGUGACCCCUACAACGUGCGUACACGAUAUUACAAAUGUAACAAUGUGUACAUUAGCUGUAGUAGUAUCUGGCUAAGUCGUUACACAUGUAACACAAUGUAUAUCAUCCAGUGUAAACACUUGUAACACAAUGUAUAUAAUCCAGUGUAAAAAUGUCGCUAAGUCAAUACACGUGUAACAACAUAAACAUAAGCCAAAGUGAAGGACCUGGCUAAGUCAUUACACAUUGGUCACUAUCUACACAAGCCAGUGUAACACCUGACUGAGUCAUUACAAAUGUAACAACAUGUAAAAGUUUAAAUCAUUAAUUAAUUUAUUAAAGAAUAUUGAGAACGAUUAAUUUAAAAUGUAUUUAUAUAUAUAUAUAUAUAUAUAUANAUAUAUAUAUAUAUAUAUAUAAAAGUGAAUGUUUGUUUUUGAGUUUGUUCCACAUACGCUUUUACAUGGAUUGAUGGAUUUUGACCAAACUUGGCACAUAUAUCCAUCAUGAUCCAGAGGGAACUCUUAAGGGGCCCAAAAUACUUUUUUUUUUCCCUUUAUAUGAGCUAUAUAAAAAUAAUUAGAAACAAAUACUCCUACAAGCAUGGAUGGAUCUUGACCAAACUUAUUACACAUGCACUUGAUUAUCCAUACUAAAAAUCCAAAGGUUAUUUACCUCAAAAUAUCCAUACCUCUGGGGCCGGGGGCCACGUUUCAUUUUUUCUUAUGUAAGCUUUAUAAAUAUUAAUAAGCUUAGUACUACAUGAAUGGAUGGAUCUUGACCAAACUUAGUACACAUAUACUUUUAUUAUCUAUAUUCAAAUACCGAAGGGUACUGAACAUAUAAUAUCCAUUCUUCCGGGGCCCCAAUUCAUUUUUCCUUAUUUAAGAUAUAUAAAUCUUGAUAGGCUUAUUAGUGAACACUGUAGAUUCUAUGUGAAUUGAUGGAUAUAGGCCAAGCUUUGUAUCCAUACACUUCAUCGUUCAUAUUGAAAUAUCGAUGGAUUUAAAACUAAGAAUAUCCAAUCCAUGCAGGGCUGAUCUAGAAUUUUCUAGAUCGUUCAAUAAUUUAAAAAAGUGAUUUCUUUGGCAUUUUUAAACCGAUUUUAAUGGGACAAAUUUUAAAUUUUAAUUAUCAUGUAUCUCAAAGAUUUUUAUAGGGCCGCCCCCACCCCCCCCCCCCCCCCCAACAUCUCAGACAUAGCUAAAACGUUAUUUUAUUAAAUGGGCCCCCACUGAGGCCCCUAUUUCAAUCUUAAUUUACUCUAGUUAUAGUACUACAAUUAAGUGGUAUAAUAUGUCGCAUUCAAGAAAUAAUUACGCAGAAAAGUAUUUUUUUCCCGUUUUUAAUGGAGGAUAUUAAUUUUAAUCUAUAAUGUUCCAGAAGGUUAUUUAAUGUUCUACGGGGAUAUACAAUGGGAUCUAAAAGCUUAUUUGAACAAAAUCGUACUGAGCAUGAUUCCAAAGAUUAACACUACAGGAUCCCAUCGGUUACGCGAUCCCAUCGCGAUUCCAUAAGGUAACGCGAUCAAACCGGGAUCGGGAUUCUAUCGGGAAAUGGGAGAAUAUCGGAAAAGAGGGUCCCGAGGUGGAAUGGGAUACCACAGAGAACGGUAUCCUGACGGGACCGGUAGCCCAUCGGGGUACCACUGGGAUCAAGACACCGACGGGAUGGGGAUCGGGAUCUCACCGGGAACGGAAUCACACCGGAAAAAGAAAUUGCGCCGGUAUCAGGGCCAGAAUGGGAUUUGGGUCCCAUUUGGAUUGGGGCCUUACCAUGAUCGGGGUCCUAAUGCAAUCCCGUGCAACGCCGGGUAUAUCGGCUAGUAUAUAUAUAUAUAUAUAUAUAUAUAUACCGGUACCGUAUUGAUUUGGUAAUAAAAGUAAACAACACCUUCAAUAUAUCAAAUAUACGGAAAUUACAUUACUCAAUAGGUUCUUAUAAUUUUUUUAAUCAGUUAUAUAUGGCUUUGAUAUUUAUUAGUGUUUUUUUUUUUGCUGUCAUCAACUAUUUUUUUUUUUGAAUACCAAGAAAUUUCUUUUGGGCAUUUAAACUUUGGAUAUUUAAAUUUAAACGAUUCACCUUGGUGUAUUAAUUGGUGUUUUUAUAAUUACACUUUUCAAAGCUUACAGAGGUAGCAGGCGGAGUAUGCACCGUAUAUAAUUUGAAUAUAAAUGGAGCACAUCAAAAAGUGUCCAGAUUGAGAAUAAAUGCAGAUAAAUGAAUGUUUGCUAUUGAUAUUAAAAAUAGGUAGCUUCCAUAAAUUAAAAGGUUUACUUCUGAUACUGUAAAUAAAUGGUGCAUGCUUGAUAUUACAAUCAAAUGUUUACAAUUAAUAUUAAAACUAAAUGUUUGCAAUUGGUAUUACAACUAAAUGUUUACAAUUGGUAUUGCAAUUAAAUGGCUGCGAUCGAUGUUAUAAAUUAUUGUUUGAGAUUAAUAUUGUCGAUACAUAAUAUAUUUCAGGGUGGACUCAUCACUAACAGAAACCAACUUCCACCGUACUUUGUGCUCCACACUCUGAGAGAUUUUCCUGGCAUUUCUGGAAUCUACAUGUCAACAUUGUUCAGUGCAUCCCUCAGUACCCUCUCGUCAGGUUAUUUUCUUCUUGUGUUUUUUUUCUUCUGCAUGGACUUAUCUAUCCCCGUGGCGCUACAGUCCAUGUAGAACUUUUGCGUGCCUCAUCAUUCCCUUCCACUCAGACUCAGACCAUCCAUUCACCCCUGUGACACUACAGCCCAUGUAGGGCUUUGGCCUGCCUCACCAUUCCCUUCCACUCAGACCACCCAUUCAACCCCUAUGGCGCUACAGCCGAUGUAGGGCUCUGGCCUGCCUCAUCACUUGCUUCCACUCGGAUCUGAUGCUGUUCUUUUCCGAGCUUAGAUUCCCAUGGACUUAUCCUUAUAAAUGUAUUGGCGUUUUAAAGUAAAUUAAACUAAUUAUAAUUAAUUGUGUAUGUUUCUAUCGUGCAGGCAUAAAUGCACUUGCUGCAAACACCGUCGAAGAUUUUUUGCAAAGACCUCUGAAGAAAGUCAAGGAAAGCAGAGCAACUCUUAUCACCAAACUCUUCGUGUGUUUUUACGGUGUUCUGAUCAUCGGCCUCGCCUACUUGGCCGAUCACCUUAAAGGCCCGGUUUCACAGAUGGCGUUGUCCGUCAUCGGCGCGUGUGGCGGGCCCAUUUUAGGCAUUUUCCUCCUCGGGGCGUCGGUCCCAUGCGGUAAUAAAUGCGGUGCGUUGAUCGGAAGCCUAACAGCCAUCUCGUUCAACAUCUGGAUCGUCAUGGGACAUCAGUUUUACGGCAAGAAGACGCCGCUCCUGCCCUCACCGUCCACGGAGAUGUGCUUCAACAAUGGCACGGUACUGAACGACGCUCUCUACGUCACCACGGCGGCUCUCAGAAACACGACGUCGUCUUAUUUCACACCUUUGAACGGCCGAGGCGAUGGGUACGGAUUCUUUCUCUACGACAUUUCCUAUGAGUGGUACGGACUCACCGGCUGUUUUGUCAGCUUAACUUUGGGUGCCGGCGUCAGCUAUCUUACGAAGAACUGUUGUAAAGGCACGACGAAUCCGGAACUCGUUUUCCCGUUCCUACGGAAAUUCUGGUCAUUU